CGGCGCGCCAUUGGUCCGUCUCCGAGGGCCGCUGUGUUUGCUCCCGGCCCGACGGUCAAGACGGUCAGGGGUCUGACCAGGACGGCCCGCUGUCAUCUCGAUACGGCUCGAAAUUGGAAUAGCAAGCUGCAAAAUUAGGUCAUAUAUCAAUGAAUUCAAAUUAAUGAAGUUGUUUUUAACUGAACUACAAGGCAGAUAUCCGUAAAAUAUCGUCGGCCGUGCUGUACGCGCCCCUAUUUGAUCUUUGGCUGGCGCUGACGCCAGCCACCGGAUGUGUCCCGAUUGGCUGCGGCCGGAGGGGGCGGCGGGUGCGGGGUGCUCCGACGGUCCGCCGGCCGCCGCCGCGCCACGAUAACACAGCUCAGAGAGCGUCCAGUGCGGCGACUCGAGCGCGGCGGCCAGCUAUUCUCGCGGGGACGUUCUGCGGCGACCCACCUCCCUCCAGCUCACCAUGAAGAGGCUGCUGAUUGUGCUGGCAUUGACGGCCGCGGCCCAGGCCACCCUGCAGGUCAACUACAACGACCCGCAGGACAAGUGUGAGGGUCAGCCCUGCGCCAAGAACUUCAACUACGACGAGGGCUGCGCCACGGCCAUCCGGAACCAGAUCAGCCGCGAGCUGGAGGCCUCCUUCACCUACCUGGCUGCCGGCGCCCACUUUGCGCAGGACAACGUGAACCGGCCGGGCGUGUCCAAGAUCUUCUUCGACCACGCCAAGGAGGAGCGCGAGCACGCCAUCAAGCUAGCCGACUACCUGUCGAUGCGCGGAGACCGCGACACCAGCUACCUGCAGGCCUCCUACGCCCCGCUGAAGUACAGCUGGACCAACGUCAUGGAGGGCCUGACGGACGCGCUCGCCAUCGAGAAGGCCGUCACGCGCCACGUGUCCGACAUGAUCAACGCCUGCGAGCGCGACUGGCACGCCGCCGACUGGCUGACGGCUGACAUGCUGGACGAACAGCACAAGGGCAGUCGCGAGUUCUCCGGACACAUCACCAAGCUGGCCAGGAUGGUCGCCUCGCAGCCGAACCUGGGCGAGUACCUCUUCGACAAGGAGCUUUAGGCGCGCUGCAUGCAGUGGGCGCCGGGCCGGGUUCGACCGCCAGCAGCGGGGGCCGGCCGCGCACGGCUGAAGGACGAAAUGGCGGGGCGUUGGAGAGUGUCUUUAUGCGACGAUACUGACGCAAUGUGAAAUAUACCGUCUGUGGUACCGAG